AUGCUGAGGAAGCUGGUGUGCAGGAGGAUCUGUGCUCUGUUAAGUGUGUGUUGUUUUCUGUAUCCUGCAGAUAAGAACUUUGAGGAUGAAGACUCUGUGGACGGGGGCCGGUCCUCCUCCUCUUCCUCCUCCAGAGCCCCGCCCAGUGGCCGGAGAGGCGGGGCCGUGGGCUCCAUGCGAAGGCCCAGCUCUGCGUCGUCUAAGGCUCCAGCAGGGAAAGAGGGAGCGAGUGCAGGAGCAUUAGACGAGGAUGACUUCAUGAAGGCCUUUGAGGACGUGCCCAGUGUAAAGGUCCACUCCAACCGAGAGCUGGAGGACUCUUUGGGGAAGAUCAGGGAGAUUCUGUCUGAUGACAAGCAUGACUGGGAGCACAGAGUCACUGCUCUGAAGAAGUUCCGCUCCCUGCUGCUAGGGGGCGCUGUUGAGCACGAUGCCUUCUCCCAGCAGCUGCGCCUGAUGGAGCCCGCCUUCAAGCUCUCGGCCAAAGACCUGCGCUCACAGGUGGUGCGAGAGGCCUGCAUAACGCUAGGACACCUGUCCUUCCUGCUCGGGAACAAGUUUGACCACACCGCUGAGUGCAUCAUGCCCAUCUUGCUCAACCUGGUGCCCAACAGCGCCAAGGUCAUGGCUACGUCAGGGGUGGCUGUCAUCCGUCUCAUCCUCAGGCACACCCACUAUCCCCGCCUCAUCCCCAUCAUCACAAGCAACUGCACGUCCAAAUCGGUGGCUGUCAGGAGACGUUGUUAUGAGUUCUUAGACCUGAUGUUGACAGAUUGGCAGUCGAACACACUGGAGAAACACGUGGCCGUCCUCUCUGAGACCAUCAGGAAGGGCAUCCACGACGCCGACUCUGAGGCUCGCUCCAUCGCCAGGAAGUGUUAUUGGAAUUUCCAUGGCCAUUAUGGUCGGGAGGCGGAGCAUCUGUACCAGGCUCUGGAGUCGUCCUAUCAGAAGGCUCUGCAGUCUCACCUGAAGGGCUCUGACAGCGUCAUGUCCCUCCCACAAUCCGACCGCUCUUCCUCCAGCUCUCAGGAGAGCCUCAACCGGCCCUUCACAGUGAAGAGUGUCAUAGGAGGCAGCAUGACCAGGAAUAAACUAAUGAGCUCACGGGCCCCGGUCCCGCCCGGCUCCCUCCAGCGUUCCCGUAGCGACAUUGACGUCAACGCCGCGGCCAGCGCCAAGUCCCGCUUGUCCACGGUUCCCUCGGCCACGCCCUUCGGUUCGGCCGCCGCCCUGCCCCCAGGCUCCUACGCCUCAUUGGAUGGCGCCCCUGGUAGGCCAGAUGGCCGUGUGCGUACCAGGAGGCAGAGCUCUGGCAAUACGGUGGGUCCCAGCAGCACGGUCACAGACAGCCGUGGUCGGAGCCGGGCCAAGGUGGUGUCCCAGUCCCAGCCCGGUAGUCGUUCCAGUUCUCCAGGAAAGCUGCUGGGUCACACGUACGGCAGAAUUCACCGCACCGCGGUCCCAGCCACCACUCCAUCGUCAGAGAAGCGCACCAGGGUCCCCCGGAGCCAGGGAUGCAGCCGGGAGACCAGCCCCAGCCGACUGGGCCUCGCCAGGCUGUGUGGUAAAGCUCUUGUUCCUGCCGCUUCUCCCUACCGCACGCUAGCCCGGACCAGUCGCAUCCCGCGGCCCAGCAUGAGCCAGGGCUGCAGCCGCGACACCAGUCGCGAGAGCAGCCGCGACACCAGCCCCGCGCGGGGCUUCGCCCCUCUGGCCUCCCGACGUCACUCUCGUUCCACCAGCGCUUUGUCCACGGCCGACCCCGUAGGGCAGUCAGAUCGUUAUGGUCUGAUACAUCAGGCUCGCAUGUCUGCGUCCAUAAACGCCAUGAGGGUCCUCAACACCGGCACAGAGGUGGAGGCAGCUGUGGCCGAUGCACUGCUGUUAGGAGACUCCAGGAAUAAGCGUAAGCCAUUAAGGCGACGCUACGAGUCGCCGGGGAUGUACUCGGACGACGACGCCAACAGCGACGCGUCCAGCGCCUGCUCGGAGCGCUCGUACGGCUCGUCGCGGAACGGCGGCCUGCCGCACUACCUACGCCAGACGGAGGACGUGGCCGAGGUGCUGAACCACUGCGCCAGCUCCAACUGGUCCGAGAGGAAGGAGGGGCUGCUGGGACUGCAGAACCUGCUCAAGAGCCAGAGGAUCCUCAGUCGAGUUGAGCUGAAGAGACUUUGUGAGAUCUUCACCAGGAUGUUUGCUGACCCACACAGCAAGCGAGUGUUCAGCAUGUUCCUGGAGACGCUGGUGGACUUCGUCACGGUCCACAGGGAGGACCUGCAGGACUGGCUCUUCGUCCUGCUCACACAGCUGCUGAAGAAGAUGGGGGCCGACCUGCUGGGCUCCGUCCAGGCCAAGGUCCAGAAAGCCCUGGACGUCACCAGGGAGUCAUUUCCUUUCGACCAGCAGUUUAACAUCCUCAUGCGAUUCAUUGUAGACCAGACGCAAACACCUAACCUCAAGGUGAAGGUCGCCAUCCUUAAGUACAUUGAGGCUCUAGGGCGGCAGAUGGACCCCACGGACUUUGUGAACUCCAGCGAAACGAGGCUGGCCGUGUCGCGCAUCAUCACCUGGACCACAGAACCCAAGAGCUCAGAUGUCAGGAAGACCCUCCAUAACUGGGCCGGUGAGGAGCUGGCGGGGCGGCCCAGCACCUCCGCCCUGAUGCCAGGAGAGAGUAACGUGGAGGAAAGGUGCAAGCAGGCGGCUCAAGUGGUCCUGAUCACGCUGUUCGAGCUCAACACCCCUGAGUUCACCAUGCUGCUGGGAGCCCUGCCCAAGACCUUCCAGGACGGAGCCACCAAGCUGCUGCACAACCACCUCAAGAACUCCAGCAACACUGGCGUGAGCUCUCCAAGCAAUACCAUUGGACGCACUCCUCCCCGGCUUCCGUCCAGCCGGACUAGUCCGCUCACCUCCCCAACAAACUGCUCCCAUGGAGGGCUUUCUCCCAGCAUGCUGGAGUACGACACGGAGAACAUGAACUCGGAGGAGAUCUACAGCUCGCUGCGCGGCGUCACCGAGGCCAUCCAGAGCUUCAGCUACCGUAGCCAGGAGGACCUGAACGAGCCGAUGCGCCGCGACGGCAAGAAGGACGAGGCGGUGGGUCGUGAGGGCAUCGCCGCAUCUCCAAGCGGUGACGCUCGACUGGGAUUGGACGUGGUGGAUGGGGGCAGCGGUCGCACCGCGCUGGACAACAAAACGUCCCUCCUGAACACCCCCUCACCGCGCGCCUUCUGCGUCCCCCGUGCUCGCGAACAUGGCCCGUAUGGCUACGCGGACACCAUCAGCGCCUACGACAAGAGCGCACUCAAGGAGGCCGUGUUCGAUGACGAUGUGGAGCAGUUCCGAGACAGCCGUCGUCAGGACUGCGGUGAGAACAAGAUGGUGCUACCCAAGGGCUUAGCUCCUGUGGACCACUCAGAGUUGGUGGCUGAGCUUCUGAAGGAGCUGUCCAAUCACAACGAGCGCGCGGAGGAGCGGCGCGGGGCAUUGGUGGAGCUGUUGAAGAUGACGAGAGAGGACAGCGUGGCCGUCUGGGACGAGCACUUCAAGACCAUCCUGCUGCUGCUGCUGGAGACACUGGGGGACCAGGAUCACACUAUCAGGGCUUUGGCUCUUCGGGUUCUAAAGGAGAUCCUAAGGAACCAGCCCGCCCGCUUCAAGAACUAUGCAGAGCUCACCAUCAUGAAGACCCUCGAGGCCCACAAAGACUCCCACAAGGAGGUGGUGCGGGCGGCGGAGGAGGCUGCCUCCACCCUGGCGAGCUCCAUCCACCCGGAGCAGUGCAUCAAGGUGCUGUGCCCCAUCGUGCAGACGGCCGACUACCCCAUCAACCUGGCCGCCAUCAAGAUGCAGACCAAAGUCAUCGAGCGCAUCACCAAGGAGUCGCUCUGCACGCUGCUGCCCGACAUCAUCCCAGGCCUGCUGCAGGGGUAUGACAACACAGAGAGUAGCGUCCGCAAGGCCAGCGUCUUCUGCCUGGUGGCCAUCUACUCCGUCAUCGGAGAGGACCUCAAGCCUCACCUCGCCCUGCUCACAGGGAGCAAGAUGAAGCUGCUGAAUUUGUACAUCAAGAGAGCCCAGACGAUCAACAGCAACAGCAGCAGCUCGUCGGACGUGUCGUCGCACAGCUAGCCAUUACAGGACGGCCUGCGGCGCUAACAUAGACUCUCCAGGCCACACCCUGCUGCCCUCAGAGUUUUUACUUAUUUUUUUCCCUAGGGGGUGGGGUGGCAAGAGUACCUCCUCCUGCCCUCCUCCAGAGCCCCCUCUCCUCUUCUCUCCCCUCCUUUCUGCUCUCUGACAGGCAGCAGCCCCCCCCUCCCCCACCCCACCCCCCACUUCUCUCAGAGAGACCCCUUUCUGCACCAUCAGCCCCAUCACAAACUUUAAUGGUUUUCUGUGUUAAGCACCUGUGUUAAGCUAAGCAAUGCUCAGUAUAGUAUUCUCUCUCUUUCUCACUGUUGUUCAAAGUCUCUCAUGAUUUUUUUUUCUUUGAGGGGGGGGGAGGGGAUAUUGUGAAUGUCUAGGGAGAUUCUAAUGGUAGGGUUUGCGGUGGAAGCUCUUUAUCCAGUUGGGUUUAUACUCCACAGGUGAAGCUCUUCAUCCAGUUGGGUUUAUACUCCACAGGUGAAGUGCUUCGUCCGUUCCCCUCUGCCAGCAGGCCUACUGUUACUGUAAAUGAUUGGCCAAGAGAAAAGAUGGCCUUUUGAUCUUGUUAGCUGAAAGAAAGAAAGCCUUUUCAAAGCAUCCUUUACUCCACUGCAAGCCUGCGGCCGUGGUCUAGUUAGGUUUCUGACCGGCCAACAUGGAGAGAAAAAAUUCCCUUAAGUGCUGUUUUUCUCAAGACACCUUAGUUUAUGUUCGAGGUGUUUUUUUUUCCCCGAGAGAAACUAAGAAAUGAAAAGGCUUGUCUGGGAGAGGUUGUGAUCAUUUGGCUGGGCCAGUGAUUUCUAGUUACGUGAUCAGACAGGGCCAUGGGACAGACUCAAAUAAACCCUUUUGAGUACCAAGACUACCAAAAAUGUUAAGGUUGACAGUAGUAAUGUUCGUAUUUAGAAUUGUGAAAUUUAUUUAAGAAGUUAAUAAUAAUUUAAGCAACCUUAGGUUAUGUUAGCCCACGGUUUAUGUUGCAAAAAAAAGUUUCUUAUUAAUAUAAUUUUAAGUUUUAUGUCACUCAUUAUGAAGGCUUGCUGACACUAAGUAAUUUGGGGUUUUAAGACUUAUUUUAUUCUGAUUGUAAGUUAAUCAGAUUGACUUCCAUAGUUUAUGAAUGAAUGAAUGAUUGAUUGAUUGAUUGAUUGAUUGAAUGAAUGGCACAUUGCCACAUUGCCACAAUGGAGCAAGCAAGGACAACACUACUGAAGAAUGUAGUCUUUUUUUGUUCUGUUUUAUAAAAACCUGUGAAACAAAAACACAAGAAAAGAUGAGUCUCCUUGGCCUUCAUUGAAGGUGUAUCAAAAGUGAAAAGACAAUCUGCGAUGCGAACAGAAGCUUUUUCUGUGACUGCGGACGAUUCCAGCCCAAAAUUGUUCUUAAAAGUGCCGGCCCGGUCCAACUCAACCACACACUGCGCUACAAUCAGCAACCAGGCACGUGCUGAAGCCUGUCACAACAACAACAACAACAACAACAACAACAACAACAACACAAUGACAGCAUCGAGAUGAACAGUGAGGAGACUCAUAGUAAGAUGGAGCCCCAAAGUGACUCUGGGUCUUUUUAUUGCUCACUGUGAGUCUUGGCCACAACCUCUCUGGUACACACACACACAUACACACACACACACACACACACACACACACACACACACACACACACACACAC